CGGGGCCCAGCGGGAUGUCUAUACUCGCCUCGGGCGUGCCAGUGCAAGAAUAUGCAAAGGCAGUCAGACGAACUCACCCUCCGCAAAGUGCAUACGCACCAUAUCCAUCCCCUUCGACAAUGGUCCCUUAUGCUCCGUCAAAUUACCAAUAUGCUGCGACCCAGGCCCCAUACCAGCAGCCUUCCGCUUCGACAUCGGGUCAGUAUAUUACGGCGUCGACUACAACGACUACCUCAAACGUUGAUCAACCAGGAUAUAUGUAUACACCGCUUGGGUAUUUUCUUAUUUAUCCUAGUGUCUGCUCUAUAAAAAUGCAUGGUUUAUUUCGUUAAUAACAAUGUGAACCUAGAAGAUCGGAAUUAUACUUAUAUAAGUACAUGUUGAG